UAUAAGAUGCGAAAUCAACUGGCAGCAAUUGAUUUUAAUAAACAUAGAAAAAGACAAGUUGCAAAGACAUUGGAUGAAAAACCAAGAUAUAAAGCACACUACAGUAAAAGGACAAAGCAAUGGUGCCCAGUUGCAGUCCUUGAGCCAAAGGAAUACAAAUAUUUGCCAGAGUUAAUCAUUGCAAUAUUUGAAAAACGAAGAGCUACACCUGGCCAUGUAACACAGCGAUUAGGUCUUGCUCCAGAUGACCCAAGGAACAUUGCCAAAAAUAUUGCUGUGGUACCCCAGCCUCCGAUGGAAGAGCUUCUGAGACGACACCAAACAAGGUUUUGAUAUGAGGGAAUACCGUACUUGUGGCACCGACAGUUGAUUUGCAUAUCCGUGGACCAUAUUUAUAUAUGUAAUUUUAGAUGAUUUGUGGGAAUUUAAAUAUUGGGAGGGGAGGCAUAUCUUAUAAAUUGUUGCUUUCAAAAAUCUAUC